UUGAUAUGAAUGCGGGGAGUGUCUGUGGGCGGCUUCCUCUGCCCGCACUCCUCCUCUUCCCAGUGUGUCAGUGACUUGGACCAGCGCUGGCCGGGCUGCUGCUCUCACCGGCUCCAGUACACAGCAGGAAGUGGAGGCGCGGGGUGAUCAGGAACUUAAGGAUCCUCCACAAUGGAAGUGGAUGUUAAAGGAGAGAACAGGACUAGCAUUUCUGCUGUGCCCCUGUCUAGUACAGUAGAGCGGAAUUCUCCAUUAAAAGUAGAAUCUGAAAAACCUCGUUGCUCUAGUACACCCUGUUCCCCAAUUCGUAGGACUGUAUCAGGUUAUCAGAUACUUCACAUGGAUUCCAAUUACCUGGUUGGCUUUACAACAGGAGAGGAGCUUCUAAAACUAGCUCACAAAUGUGCAACCACAGAAGAGAAUCCUGGGGAAGCUCUACCAACGUUGCGUGCCAAGCAGCAUGACUCUGGACUUUCUCGCUCCUCUCGGAUAUACAAAGCUAAAGGUCGACACUAUCAGCCAUAUGAAAUUCCUUCGAUCAACGGGCGGAGGAGAAGACGAAUGCCAAGUUCAGGGGAUAAGUGCAAUAAAGUUAUUCCAUAUGAGUCUUACAAGGCAGCCCAUGGCCCUUUGCCACUUUGCCUUCUUAAGGGUAAGAGAAUGCAUUCAAAGUCUUUGGACUACCUCAACCUAGAUAAGAUGAAUAUCAAGGAGUCGGCAGAUACGGAGGUUUUGCAGUACCAACUUCAGCAUCUCACACUUAGAGGUGACCGUGUCUUUGCAAGGAAUAAUACAUGAAUAAGAAAUCUGCUUUGUUUGGCACCCAUCUAGCUACACGCAGGAAAACGACUUUGAGAAACCACAUCUGUGCUCCACGUGUAAGACUUAGUUUGCAAUAGUGGCACCUGAGAAUUACUUCUCAAUUCAGUUCACUUGAUCCUAAGCAGCAGAAGAUACACCACUUGGUCGGUUCAUGUGAAUCUGA